AUGUCAUAUCCCGUGCACUGGCUCAAAACCACUUUCUCCUCCCGAACACGCACCGUUGAACUCCUCCAGCCAGAGUUAGAGAAAGGCGUCAUCACAAAGCACGAUUUUGAUCUAGCAACCAGAUUCCUGCCUGGGGGGCACAGACAUUGGCCUGUGAUAUAUGGGGUCGGGGCCGCAGGUGCCUCCCUUGGUUAUGGGCGCUCCAUUGCGCGUCCCAGGUGGUCUCAUACGAAGCUUGUAUGGGUCUCGGGUGCUGCCACCCUGAUGGGGAUGGUUUUUGGCCAGGUCAGACAAGUCCUGGCCCACAAACAGUUCACAGAAGCUCUGGAAAACCCAGCAGGCUUUAUGGAAGCGUUGCGUGAUGUUGACCGCAGGCUUGGCGGCGAUGGGCACUUGGGCUUCACGCUAGAACGUAUACGGAAAGAUGCAAAGAGCACGGCCCUGAGAUGGUCAACGAGGAAAAUUGGAAGAAAACCUGGACUCAAUCUAAUGCUCCCGAUGGCGAGUGACCGUCCCGAUUCUGGUAUAUGCCGCCCUGACAUUAUCACAGCCGGUUCACCCCAAGCAGCUCAACCAAAGAAUCGCUGGGAGGAAAUACGUGCAGCGAACGCGCGUUCUGCUGGUUAUGUGUCUUCCUGGGAUACUAUUCGACAGCGUCAUGAACGGAACAGAUUGCCCGACUCAACGUCAUCGCCGCCAAGUAACAACCCAGGAAUUGAUGAACGAACAACAGAACAAGCCAAGUUUGACGCUAUUCUGGAGGCCGAAAGAAGGAGAGGACAGUCACAAGACUCUCGCGAUUUUGUAUGA